AUGGCAUCAUCAAAUACGCAAAACGUAAUUCGUGAUGAUGAUAUUGACAAUGAUGUCCUUAUAGAAGAUGUGGAAAAGAGACCAGCUCUUUAUGACAAAAAGUUGAAAGAGUAUUCAGAUAUUAAUUUCAAAAUUAAGGCAUGGGAAAAAAUAAGUAGAAUAAUAUUUUCCAAUCCUUGGAGUAACUUGUCGCAACAAGAAAAAACAGAAGCUGGUAACUUUGUACAGAAAAGGUGCAAAAAUUUAAGAGCUUGUUUUUCACGUGAGCUACGCGAUCAAAAAUUCACCAAAUCUGGUCAGGCCGCUACAAAAAGAAGAAAGUACAAUCAUUUUGACCGACUUUUAUUCCUUGUCCCAAGCAUGGACACUCGAGAGACCUCCGGCAACGCAGAGGACAUUUGUUGCGAAGAAGAUAGUAGGGAUGCUGAUGAAGAUGUAUCACAGCGAAGCCAAUAUUCCCGAAAGAAAAAAAGGAAUACAAUACCUUACGAAGAAAGGCUUCUAGAUAUUUUAGAUAAAAAAGGGUUGACGAUAACAAGUUUAUUGAGACUAUGA